AUCGCCACGGCCAGUCAGCCAUACAAAGCAUCGGGACGGUCCGCUCGGGCUAGGCUAGUUGUGCUCGGGAGUUCACCGUGGCAGGACGGAUCACACGGAGCCAUGCAGCCAUACACAGCAGACAGGCAGGCACACACACGUCCAUAGGAAGCUACACCAGCAGAGAUUUGGAAGGUGCCAGGUGUGCGUUUGCAAAAAACCUUCCCGGGUGAGAUAACAGAUUCUUCCCAAAAGAAACAAAACAAAAAAUCUAGCCCCUCAAAACGGCACAAGCCUGGCAGCGUUUUUUCCCCCUUUGCUGGCACGUGCUGUUUGGCUCGGGUGCGAAAGUUUCGGCACUUGAUUUGGCAACAAAUCGAUCGAGCGUGGGCCUCGAAACUGUGGCACACAGAAAAAACACGCUUAAAUCCUUAAUCGAUAAGGUGAAAAUGUGAAAACUCAAGGAUCUAGGAGUGGAACGGCGUUGAACAGUGUUGCCGAAAGGAAGGAACGGCCUGUCCGGUGCGCGUGAAGAGAUGUACUUCAUCUCAGUGAGCGCGUUGCCAGCGCGUUGCUGUAAUGGGCGAUGGGACAUCCAAGCAGCCAAACGCCCGGUCGGGUUGACGCCGACCACCAGUGCGGUGUUUAGUGUUGUUUGCGCGACGGUCGGUAGCGGUGCCGCAGUGCUCUUGUGAGAACGUGUACACAGUGUCUGUCUUUGACUCUUUAAAGCAGCGGCUUCGACCGUGCCACAAUAAAUCGAGCAUCGAGGAUUAGGGCGACUGACUGGUCGCUGACUUUAUGGGCCACUUGUUCGAAUCGCGUCCGAUUCAAUAUUGCCGCAGUCGCUAUCGCAAAUUGCUCUUGCAUUGGCUGCCGCCCCUAUGUGUUGCGCCAAAGGAAGACGGGGGGAAUUUUAGAUAAAACCCAUCCAAACGACCAGUUGGACGCAGUUGGACAGAACUAGUGCUUUCGUGGUGUGUGUGAUAGUAAAGUUUUGGAUCUUGCUUGUCUCAGCAAGAAUCCCAAUCCCUCCUCGUGGGUGGUUUUUGGUUGGGUGGUACAAGUGUUGUUGGGAAAAUCGAAGAAAACAAACCCCCCUUCGAAGACAUCAAGGACCGGCAAACAGGGGACAAAAAUAAAUAAAAGGCUAGCAAGCAGUGGAUCGUGUGCGCUGUGCGUCACAUGCGUAACACGCGAAGCAAAAACAAAGCAAUUCAAAAUCGAAUCAAUGUGUACGAGCGCUGUCUUGACACACCAACACAGCACUGAAGACACGUAAAGGGAGACAAAAAAGGGGAGGAAAAUGUUAAAUUACCCCAUCUUUAACGAUUGAAAUCGUUUGCAGUGAAGCGAAGCGCUGUCGACUGUUCGCUGCUCAUUACAAGUGUAAGGAGUGGGUGCGGACAAAUAACGCAAACGGCACAAAGUGAAGCAAAGUGAGUGAGAUAAAAAUAAAUCCAACCGUUUUCCACCACACCGGGUAUACCAGUGCAAGAUCACUUUUAUGACACAUCUCGUGCAAUCGCGUGUCGAGCAGAACAAAACGCAAACUCGAGGGUCGUGAUUUCGUGUGUCGUCGUCGUCGUAGCCAGCAAGCCGCAAGUGAUAUUUGAAAUAAAUUCGGUGUCACAUUUUAUUACCCAACCGGUGUGUUAAACUCCAACACUUGAUCGCCGAGUGCAAGCCAAAAGCAAUCAAAAUUGCACGCAAACUCAUCAUGGCCUUACAGAAGAAGUUUUCCAGCAACGAUAUGGAGCUGAUAUCGAUCAACAAAGUUAAUAAUAAUGGCGGUGGUGGCGGUGGAGCUGGUGGCAACGGGCCCCCGAGUGCCACCGAUCCGAACGGCAAUGGGCUGUCGAGCAUUAUGAGCGUCGGCGGGAUCGGAGGGGGCAGCGGCAGCAACAACAACAGUGUGAAAAUGCCAUCGAAAAAGAUCCAGUUCAGCAAUCCCGAGUUUAGCAUUACGCCGAUCGAAACACUGCCGGGCAGCACGGUACGGCCAGCGCCGAGUCGGCGAAGGGAGGAAGCGAUCGUGAUGGCCAACCUUCGGAAGCGUGUCGCGGCCUGUGAUUUGAACAAAAACGUACGCAAACCGGGCGGCCCUGGUGGUGCUGCUACAGCGGGGACUUCAGGUGUAAAUGUCGAUGACAUCAGCAUCAAUGACACAGGGCAAACGCAGGACGCGCUCGACAAUCGUCCCCUGCUGCCGAAAUCAACACCGACCGAACAGCGCAAGGACCGAUCGGGCGGCAAGCAGAACGGGGCGGACGCUACCGGUGCGUCGACCAGUGGUGGUGGUGGUGAAGACUCGCCCAAGGUAAAGAUCGUGAUGGACAAGGAGUUCAUCUUCGAGUGUCUGUGCUGGCACAACGAGUACCGGAUGCGGCACGGGGCGCCCGCGCUGAGCGUUUCGUCCGAGCUGUGCGAGUACGCGAAACAGUGGGCCAACCAUCUGGCGAGCACGAACGAGCUGUACUACCAGAGCGGCACCAACUAUGGGCAGAACAUCUUCUGCUGCCCUGCCAACAGUCUGCUGACGGACCUUUCUGGUCAGGAGGUGGCCACGUACUGGUACAGCACCAGCCGACGGUACGACUACUUCAAGGAGCCCCAUCUGCUGCACACCAACGUCAACACCGGCCACUUCUCGCAGAUGGUGUGGCGGGCCAGCCGGUACUUCGGCGUCAGCAAGUCCAUCUCCAAAACGGGCAAGCUGUUCGUGGUCGCGUACUACUACCCGGCCGGCAACGUCAUGGGUGAGUUCCGACCGAACGUGCUGCCCCCGAUCGUGACCAACGAUCAGGAGGGCGGUCAGCAGCCGGCCCACACCCUGUCCCGGCCACCGUCCGCCAAGGAUCUGGAGAAUCUGAGCGCUUCCCACUGAGUAAAUAAGAAACGGUGUUCCAUAAUGUAACAGAUAACGCACUUCCUGAGCAAAGCGCUAGCCGAGUGGAUGAAGUCGGUCACGGUGUGGCGGGGCGGUGGUGCCGGGGGAUAAUGCUUCCCCGGACGCCACCGAGAUGCCCCUUGCCCGCGCCGGCUAGAACACGAUGCUAAUGAGGCUCUUCGUCUGCAGCAGUUGUCGCGCACCUCUUCGAACGCAAAUCCUUCCGAAAGGCUUCGCUCCAUGCACCUCAACCAUUCGCAGGGGAAGGUGUUUGGUGAUUGUUGACGCUAAUGAUUGGAUCACUGUGAACGCCCCGAGAGGAUCUUGAUCCUGCUCGGAAGGGAGUCUUCCAUACUCGAGUCAUGCUUACGCUUCUGACAAACUUCGAACUAGAACGUUCCAACACGUUAAAGAACUAUCUUCCAACAAGACGUCUUCUGAGUUCCAGCGCACUGAAAACCAAUAAUAUUAGUGAUAAAAAGGUUUAGAGCUCUUGUUUUCAGAGCUGAACAAAUUAUCAUACUUUUUUGUAGAAUUUGUUGUUGACUUGCUGCAAAAUAAGAUUUCCGCCUAAAAGUAGGCAAUUGGCGUUGCAAGAACAUGCUUUCAAGAGACAGAUAAAACGGUGUGGCUCACACUUUCUACCACACAAGUUUUGUAAGUUGGAACACAAUUGAAGCAGUUUGAACAUUGAAAACCCCAUCACAAACGAAUGCUAACGCUUGAAGCGACAAACGAUCGUUAAAGCUUUUCAGAAAGAUAGAACAGUUACGUAUAGUACUACUUCCGCUAGUUGAAAUGUUGCUUCCAGGUACGGUGCUUCCAAAGCCAGUAUAGCUGCCGUAACAGGCAAGGCCCGCUGUCCAAAGCAAAUCAAUGUCUAGCUUACGCAAAACUAACAACAACUAAACCUUAGCCUAUCUGGAUCUGGACACACCAAACCAACACUGGUUGGUUGGUUUGUUGAUACCUCCAAGGAAAAUAGUUCACUCCGCUUCCGACAGCUUUUUAACUGAGCUUUUUUUUAAACGAAACUCUGUGUGCAUUAAACAUUACGAGAAAGCAAUUGGACACCGUUUUGAAAUCGAAUCAACAACCGUAACAGAAUAUUCUCCUUCCUCUCCCCCCAACCAGUUUCUACUAUAGAGUGUAAGGGAAAGCCGGCCGGCAGCUUAUGUGAAGAACGAACCAGAGUGACGUGAAUAUGAUGCUUGUUGUGUGCGUGUGUGUGUGUGUGUUUGAGUGAUUGUUGAUACAUUUUUGUGUGCGCGUGCAAGAGAAGGCGUGAAUGGUAGAGUUUAAGGUGUAUAGAAUUAAUUAACAAAAGAGAAGAAAAAACAUUGCAAAAACAUGACUCCACAAACGAGCGAUAACGAAGGAGCUAUUUAUAGGGAACCGUUUGUUUGCCAAAGAAAAGCAAACAACUGUGUGAGUAAGAGGUGUCGAAGAAAACACAAACGAACGAAAAUUAUGAUCAUAAUGCUAGGAUUUAUUACCAAACCCCGAGAAGUGAUCGUUCGCAUCGUGAUAAGAGAGCAGCUUCGUCUAAUUAUGGCUCCAAGAUGGGCCCAAAGCGACCCCCUUUUUCCACACCCGUUCGCGAACGUCAGUGGUUCAGGUUGCCGAAAAAUGGGAACUCUCUCGUACCGCUCGGUUUGUUUUCUCGUGCGCAAUCCUGCCCACGUCAUCGGCCGCAGUAACUGUCGAGCAGAGUUUUACGAGCAUCAAUUUUUCGAAUCAAGCUUCUUUUGCUCUAUUUUUUGUUUAAUUAAAUUUCUCUUCCACCCAGGUAGGACAAAAAUCGUCGCCCAUCGUCGUCUGUGAGGGUGGUGCGAUUUGUGCUCGAACACACAAGGUGCCAUUAAUUAUUCUUAUAAUUAACAUAAAUUCAUUAAACAAAUCAAAAGACGUGGGAGCAAUGAGAAGACGGUGAAGGUGAAAAACAGCAGUACCCAGUCACAGGGUGAUACGCAUUUCCAGCAUUAAACAUCUGGGCGCCGUUGGGCUGCGGGUCAAUGGCAUGCACGGAGCGUAGGACCCUUUUUCCUUGGGACCGGCUGUCAACCGUGAAGCGCGAAAACAAAACAAUUCGGAAUAUUUCUCCUCCCGCUCCCAGAAACCCAAGGUAAUUAAUGUCCUCUUGUACCCUUUCCACACCGUAGCGAAGAAUUCGCAGUUUUCACCUUGCUUUCUGCGUGGAAGGAGCGUUGAAAGCAGUGACUGAGAAAGGUUGGAAGCAUUCGUACACAUGCCGACUGUGUCAUGCCGUCUGGUGUGUGACAAUUUUUGACUGCAGUCUUUUUGGCCUUUCCUUUCUGGUAUUCCACAGCUGGUGGAAAGUAAAACGCGACCACUAAAACAACCGCAACAACAUGACUUGAUAAUUCGUUGUUUUUCCUGCCGGCCUGUUCGAGCAAGACGUUAGACGCUUGAUACAGCUGUGCUGUGCUGAAAAGACGUUGCAUUUUAUCUACCCUUGUCGACACAUUUUGUGAUUGAUAAAUUGAAAGGAAACACUCACGCGGACACAAUCGACAGAGUCGCAAAGUUUUGAGUGGAGACAUUAUUUGCCUUUUUCUCUUCAUAUUGCCACUGUGAGUUUCUGUCGCACGGGCUGCGAUGGAAGGACGUAGCUGUUGCGAGUUUCACUCAUAAUUAACUCGUGGUUUUGCAGCAUAAGGAGACGGCAAGAUGUGUAGUUCGUGCAGUACGCGGUUGUUCGUGGUGAUUGAUGACGUUUGAAUACGCUGUGAAAGGCUGAGCUUUUGUAAUUAUUCAGGAAUAAAUUAGAGUUAAUGCGAAUUGCACGCCAUGUCGAGAUGACAUGCAGGCGCGGUGAGUUAGUGAGAAGAUGGAUUUGUUGCUGUUUUAGUCAGCAUUCUUGAUUAGUAAAGCUUGUGGUUGCCCGAACAGAGUGAAAUAUUUUCAAUGAUUUAAAAGAACUUUUCAAUGCAAGGUAUCAAAUUGUGUAUAAAAAAGAAUUGUGUGUACUUAACAUUCAUCCGGAAGGCGUUCUGAUUCUAUUUUCUUUUACCCAAAGCAACACUCGAAGGCACUUGACAAGUCACUCGACAACAUUUCAUAAAGAUGUUAAAAGCUUGAAAACAGAUUAUUAAAUUGUUGUUAGGUUGUUGUUGAAUUGUUGAAUGAUAAUUUAAUUAUGCCAAUCUGUUUACAGGCUGUGAAAGAGUAAAAAACUGCUUAAAGUUUUUAUUUUGCAUAUCUUCAGGCGCUUGGUAACAUCCCGCAGAGGAGAAUAUAGCAUUAUAGCGUAGUGUGAUGUAUAGUAAUAUGAAACAACAAUUUAAUACUUGAUCAAACUCUGAAUGAACUAAAACUGAGACUUAAAAUAGGACUGAAAAGCAACUAAUAAUGGUUGGCUUAAUUUUUCGAGGAAAUAAAUGCGCCUAAAGCUAUGCAAUUCUA